AUGCACAAAUCCAACACAAGGGAAGUUACUUUGACGAAUGUGGAGAGAGAUACUGCUGGGGAGUUCAAAUGCGAAGUUACUGCAGAUGCUCCUCUUUUUCACACAGACAUUCGUAUGGCAAAAUUGUUGGUAGCAGAAAUUCCUGAAGAUGGCCCCGUCCUCAAAGUAGAAAUUCAGAAAAUCACGCCAGGGGCAGAACUGAAAGCCAAUUGUACAACACCAGGGUCUUAUCCGGCAAUGAACGUAUCUUGGUAUAUCAACGAUAUUGAGAUGCGUUCGAGUUUCGACGUACACAUACAGAAGUCAAUCGUUCAUUUCGAUGCUCUCCCAGGACUGGAGACCGUUCAGUCAACAAUCAUAGCGAGAACAACCCCUGACCUUUUCAAGAACAGCAAACUGAAGCUCCGUUGUUUGGCUACGAUGUUUACCUUAUAUACCUCAUCGAGGGAGGCCGAGAUACAAGAAGACGCGCCCAAACUCGCCCUCAUAAUGGUCCAGAACGCUCACUCCAAUAAAGUAUUUCAGUUAUGUCAUCCAUGUAGACAACAAAUAGCUGACUCUCAAGAAGAAUAAACAUCUGAAGAAGCCAGCCACUCGUGCUGGCGAAACGUUACU